AUGGAUUCGCCUUGGACGUUUUUCGAUAGGGGCAUGGACGUAAUCGGACCUAUAGAGCCUGCUGCAUCAAAUGGGCACCGUUUUAUCGUGGUUGGAAUUGAUUACUUCACCAAAGGGGUCAAAGCUUCUACAAACAAGGCCGUCACGAAGAAAGUAAUGGCAGAUUUCGUCCGUAACAACAUAGUUUGCCGGUUCGGGAUAUCCGAGUCAAUCAUCACUGACAAUGUACCUAACCUCAAUAGAGAUAUCAUGAGAGAAAUAUGUGAGAAGUUCAGAAUCUUCCACCGUAACUCUACAGUCUACAUACCACAAAUGAAUGGAGCCGUUAAAGCAUCCAAUAAAAACAUCAAAAAGAUUCUACGAAAGAUAGUGUACAAUCAAAGGCAAUGGCACUAG